CGCUGUACUGCAGUCGACACCCAUCCGUCCUUCGGCACCUCUCCAUCCCUCCGACCAUCACUCUGAUCUGCUUGCAGGAUGGGCCACGGAAACUCGAACAAGCUCUAUGUUACCCAUGCGGAACACUCUGGUAUGUUUGGCCAGCAUACCGCUUCUUCUGCGGGUGCGAAGGCGAAGAACCAGGGGCCUCAUCCUGCCGCUGUAACUCCCUUUGAUUGCUGCGCGCUCUCAUUCCAGCCGUUCACCCACCCCGUAUGCGCGCGGAAUGCAGAUGGUACAGGCCUUGUCUUCGAACUCACCAACAUCAUCCCUUGGCUCAAGCAACACAACAACAAGAAUCCCAUUACCCAGGAGCCAUUAGCUCCAUCCGAUCUCAUAACGUUGCACUAUUCCCGAAAGCCCAACGGGGACAUUCACGACCCUAUCUCGUUCAAGCCGUUCAGCGAGCACUCACACAUAGUGGCCAUCGCUUCUACUGGAAACGUAUUCCUUGCAGAGAGUAUCAAGGGUGGCCGUGACUUGAUCGUUGACGUGAAGUUCAAGAAGGAGGACGUCAUCACGUUGCAGAACACCCACGGCUUUCCCACUGAAUCCGUGUCCAAAGCGCCAGUAGCGAAGGAUGCUGUACCCGAGAACAAAGCUAUCGCGAAGGUGGGCACAGCUGCAGGACCAUCCAAGGUGAAGGCCCCAGUACCUUGGAACAUCUCUCCGUACUCCACAGGCUUGCCCGGAGCCUCAUUGACCUCCACGUCCGUCGAUCCGCAAACGCAAUCGUCUCAGCUGGUUUGGGAUGAGGAGGAACUCAUGUUCGACGACUUCGCCACUCCAGCAAAAGGCAAAGGCAAAGAAAAGGACGUAGGCAAGCGGCGCGCUUACGUCCGAGUUGUCACCACGCUCGGAGGUGGCAGUCUCAAUAUUGAAUUGUUCUGCGAAAAGGCUCCAAAGACGUGCUACAACUUCCUCCAGCUAGCUAAAGCAGGCAAAUACAGUGACUGCCUAUUUCACCGCCUCGUACCCGGAUUCAUGGUCCAGACUGGAGAUCCCACUGGGACAGGAUCCGGCGGUCAGUCAUACUGGGGCACUCCGUUCCGGGAUGAAUACGACAUGCGCAAUGCUGCGAAGCAUGAUUCUCGUGGCGUCAUUGCUAUGGCUAACAAGGGACCAGCAACCAAUGGGUCGCAAUUUUAUAUAACAUUUAAAGCGACUCCACAUCUUGACAAGAAGCACACUGUCUUUGGCAAGCUCGUCGGUGGAGAAGAUGUCCUCGACGCCCUGGAAGCAGUGCCGGUCAAGCCUGGUACAGAGAGGCCCGCGAAGCCAAUCCGAAUCACUGAGGUCAUUAUUUAUCAAGAUCCCUUCGAGGAAUACAAGGCUCGGCGAGACAAGAAGAUCGCAAAGAGAGCCGAACAGACUCAGAACCGUGUUGAGAGUGACCAGACGUCCGAGAAGGACGACAUCAACUGGUUCGGCACGAAAGUAGGCUCGGGGAGGCAAGUUUUCGGUGGUGACGGCGGUGGAGGUGUCGGCAAGUACCUCAAUGCUGGGAUGAAGCGGCCAGCGCCUGAACAGUCGUCGCGGUUCAGUGACGUCGGUAUCCCAGACGAUACGAAGAAAAAGAGGAGGACCGGCUUUGGUAACUUCGAGGGGUGGUAGAAUAUAUGGGUCCAACGCAUUAGGCUGUACAAUAGAGUAUGAUACAUGUGCUUCUAAGAGACUGGAUGAUGUCCUGCAGGGUACCGGCACUAUGCUGCA